CACGGUUCGUGUGAAGGUUCACAAAUCAAAGUCCCCUGAAUCGGCAAAUCGAAGAGUCUCUCACAGGACCCCAGAUAGUCUCACGCAGCGGGCGAGACGUUUGCUUUCUCCGUGCCGUCCUGCCCGCCACCUGCGACGCGAGAGAGGGCGAGAAAAGUCUUCAUUUCGACAUCCGGUUCCCCGUUACGAAAGCGAAUCACCAACGGCCCUUGGCUACAUGGGUAUCCCCAUGCAUCUCCAUGCGGGGAAAUUGAAACCAUCGACCUGUUUAGCAGCUUAGGGCCCCGACAACCCGAGUGAGAGGGCAGCAAAAGCGGUGCAGAAAGCGUGCCAGUGUGCCAGUAUCCCAGGAGCUGAGCAGCUCGUCGUCACAAUGGCGUACACCAACUUCUUCGUACUAACUACGAGUAGUUACCGACAGACAGACAGACAAGCGUGACAGGGCCCCUGGGUCUUGACCGUCGCGACGAGUGGUCUGUCUUGUCGUUCGUUCAUUCCAUGUUUACCCUUGCAAAAGCAAUGCUGGCGACCCUUUACCGUUCCCCCGGGCCAUCGCGCGAAUCACACCUCGUGGACCGCAGUCUCGGAUCAUCAUCAAUGACCUCUUUGCUAAAGUUUAGCGGCAUGCAAACUCGGUUCCCAUUUUGUCUUUCCUCCAAAUACCCAACUUUCCCACCCCCUUCUCCUACGGCUUUCUUUCCUCCAUUUUGCCCCUUUUGCUUCCUCCUUCUUCUUCCGCCUCUUCUGUGCCUCUCUAGUACAGACAUAUCUAGCGUACCUCGUCUCCGGCCUCCUCCUGUGCCUCCCUUGCGUCCCUCCCGCGCUUUUCCCAGAUCGAAUGAAUUCGAACCCCGCGCGGUAAUCCAACAGAAGCUAGAAUAAAGACGGCUUGGCAUUGGGCUGGGGUGGGUGGUAGUAGCUGACUCAGAAUCCACGUCCCUACCUACUUUUGCGAAUCCCACUCCGCCCUCCCUUUUCCAAUCCAUUCCUCGGCGGCUCUUCUUUCAGCGACGGCCUUUCUGUGGUCGUUUCUUGCUCCGCCCCCGUCCUCCUCUUUAAACAUCUGGCUGUGCCCUUUCAGGCCUUGUCAAGUUCGUCCCAUCUGCGUUUCCCUUUUCCCCACACUUUGGGCGUCAAAACGUUUCCCAAAAAAGAGCAACCACCAUCAGAAUCCAUCCCUUAUUCAGCGCACUGGGGAUCCCGAGACCUUGGUACCAUCGGCCGCUUUCAGUCAAGGGGCAACUGCGCAGUUCGAAUCUCAUCAAAGAGAGAGCGUUCAUCAAGAUCACAUUGGGAUACGGAUAUAGCAACCUGCGAAAGAGAAGAAAGGCCAGAACUACAGGAAACUCACUCGAGGAAGAAACGGAGGCGUUGCGACAAGACGUACAAGAACACAACAAUGUCAGCACCAGCAUAACGGCCCUCGUUGCCGCCGCGCCCCAGCAGCCAGCCAUCAACUUUACACUGGAACCACGAACCCGACGACAAAACAUCACCAACACAGAAAUGUCGGCAGAUGUGACCUUUGACAUCGUCACGGCCAGCAUCUGCGCCCUCCUCAUCAUCGUCCGCUGCGGCUAUCGCAUUCUCCUACGAUGUAAAGUCCACGAUACCUGCCACCGGAUGUGGCACGUCGACGACGCCUACAUGGCCUUUGCGCUCCUCCCGCUCAUCGGCCGCACGACUUGCAUCUCGCUCUCCUUCUACCUCAACCCGACGCACACGUAUGAUGCCGCCACCGAAGAGGCGGCCGCGGCGCGGAAUCUCAGUGUUGAGAAAUUGGCAGAGUAUUACGUCAUCUCACACAAGCUGCUUAUACCGGCUCGCAUAUUCUAUGCAUUAUUCUUGUGGUCGUUGAAGCUCUGCCUGCUCAACUUUUACUCACGCUUCGUGGACAUCUUUGGAUGGGGCAAAGCUGUCACGAAUGCUCUUUGGUGGUUUAUUGUUAUUACGUUUUUUGUUAUCUUGAUACCCACUCUUGCGGAAUGCCGGCCACUUUACUUCAUGUGGUCCCCUGAUCCUACUGGCGCCAAUACCUGCCAUCGAGCCCUCGGAAACCUCAUCACAAUGGCCGUCUUCAACAUCGUUACCGAUAUUGCGCUUAUCAUAUUCCCCUUUCCUAUCUUUCGCCAUGUUAAACUCGACAGCAAAGUUAAGGUGCAGCUCGUGCUCUUAUUCAGCAUCGCUGGCGUUGUUGUCGUCAUCACCAUCAUGCGACUACCCAUGAUACUGAACCAGGCAGUAUCACAAAGAUCUCGUUCCAUGUGGGCAUCCAUAGAGAUACUUUGCGCCUGUAUCGUCGCAAAUACGGCAUUCUUUUACGCGUUAUUGAAAGACUACCAGCGAGGCCACGACUCUCGCGGUGGGAACUCGAGCUACGUGCAGCAGCCCGAUUAUUACAUGCAAGCGAUUCCUUCGCCAGAGUUGCGGAGGGGAUCCUCGGCGCGCUCCGAUGGUUUAGAAGUGCCAGACCAUUGGUCAAGGGAAAGCAGAUCAAGUAGAUCUAGUAACAUUCCUAUCAUAGCAUGA